AUCAUGUUUCACUUUUUUUUUCUUCUGGCUUAAAGCAGCCAAACACAAUGCUUUUAACCAUAAUCCCCAAAAAAGAUUCAAGUUAAGAUAUAUAUAAAAGCUUUAUUUCCCUUUUGCUGAAUUGUUGAUGACCCAUUCAUGACUCAUCCUACGGUCAAGUCACAAAAGAUUCACUAUCUUUGCUUUUCAUUGCCCUUUAUAUACCUUAGCCUGCACCAAACCAUUUCAUCAAUCAGCUUCAUUUUCCUUAUCACACAACCUCAAGAUUCAAGAUCUAGAUCAAUUACUCAAUCCUCUAAAGAUGAACAUGAGCAGAGUUGAACAACAAGUCAUUAGAUAUCCGGCCGCAAAGGCUACUCCCGUGGGUUACUUACCUGAUCCGGCUUCAUUUAACAAGUUCCGAGUUCCGGCUUCUUCCAAGAAAUCUGAACAAAGCAACGUAAAAUCGAUUCUUAAAAGGAAGAAAACUGAUGGGUUCACCAACGGAGUUAGAGACCAGAGCAAGAUAAGACCAAAGCUAACCGAAACUGUGAAGAGAAAGCUAUCUUUGGGCGCUAGGAUUCUUCAGGUUGGAGGUUUAGAGAAGAUCUUCAAGCGGCUCUUUAGAGUUAGUGAAGGUGAGAAACUGUUCAAAAUGUACCAGUGUUACUUGUCGACAACCGCGGGUCCCAUAGCCGGCCUUCUCUUCAUCUCUUCCAAGAAAAUGGCGUUCUGCAGCGAGAGAUCAAUAAAGGUGGAUUCCCCUCAAGGAGACAUAAUCCGGGUUCACUACAAAGUAUCAAUCCCCUUGUGCAAGAUCGACAGAGUGAACCAGAGUCAGAACACAAAGAAACCAUCACAGAAGUACCUAGAAGUAGUCACGGUCGAUGGUUUUGACUUCUGGUUCAUGGGGUUCUUGAGCUACCAGAAAGCUUUCAAUUGCCUUGAGAAGGCUCUUUCACUGAGCUUUGAAGAUAACAAAGAGCAAUAAAGCCGCGAUUUCUGUGGAACUAUGGAGUUUAACAAGAAAUAUUUCAUUUCUUCUUUCCUUGAUUGAUCAGAAAAUAGUCCUAGAAACACUCUAUUUCUUUACUGUACAAACUCUAUUUCUUUUUUCUUUUCCAUUGUAGACAAUAUCGGAUUAUAUUAAUUCAUUUCUUUACAAAUCUCAAUGAACACAAAUGGAAACUCUAGAGGGGUCUGCACAAGAAACCAUUUCCUUGUGCUUGAAAUACACAGAGUAAUGUGCCCCGACACCUCCAAUGAAAACAGAGUACACAAGACCAUUGCUUACUUAAGGCUAAUUGAGUCUAUUCAAAAGUCUUUAUAAGACUCUAAGAUUCUUAAGCUCAAUCUUUCCCUAAGUAAAUAAGAAGAAAAGUGAGCAGUCUUGAGUUAUAUUCAUAGCCGAAGAAGAAUCAAAGAGUUUCACUCACCAGCCUGUUUCAUCAUACAACAGAUUGGUUCAGUAUCUACUGAGACAUGUCUUUGUCAAUUGUCAUUGCCGCUGUCCAGCCACGAAAUCACCCAUGUCAGCUUGCUGUUGCCUCCUAAUGUUUCCUUAAUUGAAACGGAUGCCAUGGUUGGCCUAAAUAUCCAUAAUUUGUGGUUUGGAAGUGUCCCCAUGCUGUUAUGUCUGGUCUAGCAACAUACGCUUAAAGACAAAAGUGAACGAUGGAGCGAACAGAUCACUCUU